CUUCAGGAAGAACCAAAUAAUGGCUCCGAAAAAGAAGCAACAACAACAGCAGAAACACAAGGGAGGAGGAGGAAGAGGAGCUUCUUCUUCUUCGUCCUCCAAGAACAAACCCCAAGCAUCUUCAGGUCCGAAACUCCAAAUAUCGGCAGAGAACGAGCAACGUUUGCGCCGACUCUUGAUCAACUCCAACAAGCCCACGCCCCCUCCUUCCACCACUCCAGCCGGUGAAACACUUUCCAAAGUUCAGAAGGCCAAGAAGCUCAAAACCAUUUAUGAGAAGCUAUCUUGCGAAGGUUUCACUGACGAUCAGAUCGAACGCGCCCUUUCCGCUCUCAAUGAAGGGACUACAUUUGAGACUGCUCUUGACUGGCUGUGCUUUAAUUUGCCCGGGAACGAGCUUCCCUUAAAGUUCUCGAGUGGGACUUCCUCGCAUACCAAUGAAGGGGGUUCCGUUGGCAUUAUAGCUGCGGCUAAGGAUGACUGGGUACCUUCACCACAUCCAUCCACUAAAACUGAGGAACAAACGCCUGGAGUUGCUGUUAGAGUCAAAGGGCAUUGGGGAGAUGACAUUUUGGAUUCUAGGCAGCCGUCCCAAGCUGAUUGGAUUCGGCAAUAUGUCGAACAACAGGAAGAGGAUGACUGGGAGGCUGCAGUAGAUGAUGCAAUUCUUCAAGAUUCGAGGAAGGUUUCUGAUCCAAGCUUACGUGCUAUUUCAAUUGCCAAAGAGUAUCAUAUUGCAAGAAUAGAUGCAAUUGAUGCCAAAGAGAGAGGAGAUAAGAAAAGACAGGAACAGGCAGGCCAUUUAAUCCGCAAACUUAAGAAAGAGAUAUCUGCUCUAGGGCUAUCGGAUGAAAUCUUGGCAUCUGGGUUGGGCGAUGAUCAUAGUUCUGAUAACAUAAUAUCAGAUUCUACGACUUACAAUGGUCCUGAGACAAUGAAGUUAAGUGGUCCUGACAUUGUAGCCCCUGAGAUUGAUGCUUCAGUUGAUGGAAAUUUUGUGGAAAGUUGCGGUUCUGAGGUGUUUGCUGAUCCUUCUGAUUCGUCGAAUGCUCCAGCCAAGGAGGGAGUUAUUGUGGACAAUGUGGAGCCAGGAGAUGUUGAACUCCUGGGAUUAUUCUCUGAAGAUGCUUCUUCUGGAGCUUUACCUCCUGAAAUUGUGGAACUGCAGAGGAAAGAAAAGAUAGCACAAUUGUUUAGAGGGCAGAAUUUGGAAAAAAUUGAUGGCAUUUGGAAAAGGGGUGACCCACCAAAGAUUCCCAAGGCUGUUCUUCAUCAGCUGUGCCAGAAAUUUGGGUGGGAGGCACCCAAGUUUAAUAAAUUGCCUGGGAAAGUUGGUAGAUUCUCUUAUGCUGUCAGUGUAUUACGUACAGCCAGUGGGAGGGGCAAGGGCAGAAAACCUGGAGGACUGAUUACCCUUCAGCUUCCCAUCCAAGAUGAAGCCUCUGAAUCUGCUGAGGAUGCACAGAAUAAAGUUGCAGCAUUUGCUCUUUAUCGUCUGUUUCCAGAUCUUCCUGUUCACCAACUAAUUGUAGAGCCAUACUCUUCAUUCAUUAUAAAGUGGUGGGAAGGAGAAUCUGCAACCAAGAUAGAAGAAAGCGAGGAGGUCCGUAGAGCUGAUUUUGUGGAUUCGUUAUUGACUGCUGACAAUUCAGGAUCGGCAAUUACAAAGGAGCUCAUUCCUAGUGAAGAGCUUGUAAAACCUUAUGUUCCCGAGAGCUCACAUUCUAUUUCUGCCACGAAAGCUGAAAGAUUUAAUUAUUACAAAGAUGCUGAGAGUACCUAUUUGAGACAAGAACAAGAAAACAAAGUGAAAGUUCUGAGAUACAAGGAAAUGUUAAAAGCUAGAGCUGCUCUUCCUAUUGCUGAAUUGAAAAGCAAUAUACUACAUCUACUGAAGGAGAACGAUGUUCUUGUAGUUUGUGGGGAAACAGGUUGUGGAAAGACAACUCAGGUCCCACAAUUCAUAUUGGAUGACAUGAUUGAAGCUGGACUUGGUGCGCAUUGUAGCAUCAUUUGCACACAACCAAGGAGAAUAGCGGCUAUUUCUGUUGCGGAAAGAGUAGCAGAUGAGCGAUGUGAACCAUCACCAGGUUCAGAUGGGUCCUUGGUUGGGUUUCAAGUUCGUCUUGACAGUGCAAGGUAG